AUGAAGAAAACAGCAACUGCUUAUUUUUUUGCAAUUAUUGGAGGUUUUUUUGGUUUACACCAUUUGUAUUUGGGUCGCACUCAACAGGCCUUGCUAUGGUUCACAACAUUGGGCGGUUUCGGCGUUGGACUGCUCUAUGAAUUGAUAUUUUCAAUCAAAAAAUAUGUUCAGGAAGCAAAUAAUGAUCAUUCAGUUCAUGAUCAUUACGAAAAGAAAAUGCGAGAACAAAAGUCACCAGCAUUUGAACUGAUUCGUUUUUGUGGACAAUAUGUUGUCGCCAUGUUUUAUGGUUUUAUUGCAUAUUAUGCCUUUCCUGAUACAUGGCUCGAGAGUAGAUUUCUAUCACUCAUUGUGGUCGUUUCUUCUGCAGUUGCCAUCGCGUUUGGUACGCAAUUAGCGGGUACACUUGGUCCUCGACAGUGCUCAUUCGUGUGGCCAUUGGUAGGUGCUUUGCUUGGAAUACCUUUUCUUCUGACAAAUGGUGAAAAAGCGCCGUCAUUUAACAUAGCCGCUCUCAUCUCCUGUUGGAUAUUUGAAUGGAAAAUCGAUUGGGAUCCGGAGUAUGUGUCCGAUGAAUCAAAAACGAAAUCAAAACCACGACGUCAUAUAGUAAAACGUUGUUUAAUACUUGGAUGUGGUGCUAUUCUAUUUGGAUUGUUGAUUACAUCAGCGGUGUAUCAAAAUUUACAAGUUGAUCUUCAUGGUGAACGUGUAAAAGUCAAAGAUGUCAUUGCAGAUUUCUUCAAAUCGCAAGAAUUCAUUCAACUUUAUCAGCAACUAUCACAUGUUAUGAAAGAAUUGUAUGCCUUCUAUCAACUUUAUGGUUUUAAAGGAAUCUGGACGCAAAUCUGGGCAGAAUUGAGUUCCGAAAGUGAUAAGAAAGCGUUUGAAGCAUUGAACUUGAAAUCAGAUGCUUCACAGAAAGAUAUCGAACUUCAAUGCAAAACAUUAUCACGUAAAUGGCACCCAGAUCGAUAUCGCGAUCCCAACGAAAAACAAAAAGCCGAAGCAACAUUCAUGAAUAUUCAACAAGCAUGCGAUCGUUUAUCUCAGGGACGCCGACAUCGACAAGCGAUCAAUACGCAAAAACGUGAAAAUCCAUAG